UGGAGAGGCACGCACCUGUCUAUAUAAAAGGUCUCACGGCUGACGAAGCAUUUCGGAGCAAAAACCGAGCCUUUUUUAGUUUAGCAUAAGGCUGAAACAUAAAAUGGGCAACAUUGUAAGGGGUCUUAAUGCACCGUAAACGUUGGCAAUCAGCUGUGUUGUAACUCCGAAUUUACCGGAACCGAACCGUUAAAACACAAACGCGUUUGAAAAUAAAAGGCUUUAUUUUGAAGUAGACAGGAAGUAGUCUUCGCUCAUUCGUCACCGCCCUGUGCCGUCGCUACCCCCGGUUGGUCAGCUGACCGUCGGCCGGUCUGCUGACCGUCAAACCCCUGAACCUCGUACCGUGAACCGGACACCAGGAUCACCUGGCCGAGCCCGGUCGCCGUGUCCCCGUUAGCGGAGCCCCUGACCCGGACUGGUUCGGAUCGUUGGUGUAAACCCAGCGGAGCUCCUCGCCACACAGGAUCGGACCCUCUCAUUCCGCUCCUCUGUUUGGUCCCGAUCCGAGGCCGGUUAGCUGGUCGACUCUACUCUGAGCCUCUGUGACCCCCGGCAGGCCUCCUGCCCCGGCAGCCCCCGCUGACCGCCAUGGCCCUGCUGGACCUCGCCAUGCAGGGACUUGCCGUGUUCGGCUUCAUCCUCUUCUUCGUGCUGUGGCUAAUGCACUUAAUGUCCAUCAUUUACGUGCGUCUCCACCUCCACAGGAAAAGGUCAGAGGUCAAGCAGUCCUUUGCACAGCUGGCAGGAGUUUCUCUAUUAAAGCCACUAAAAGGCGUUGACCCAAACCUGAUCUCCAACCUGGAGACAUUUUUUUCACUGGAUUACCCCAAGUAUGAGAUCCUGCUGUGCGUUCAGGAUCAGGACGAUCCAGCUGUUGAUGUCUGUAAGAAGUUGUUGGGCAAAUAUCCCAACGUAGACGCUCGAUUAUUCAUCGGGGGGAAGAAAGUUGGAAUCAACCCCAAGAUCAACAACCUGAUGCCAGGCUACGAAGGAGCCAAAUAUGGCCUGGUGUGGAUCUGUGACAGCGGCAUCAGAGUGAAACCCGACACCCUGACUGAUUUGACCAAUCAAAUGACAGAGAAGGUGGGAUUGGUCCAUGGAUUGCCGUAUGUUGCCGACCGCCAAGGCUUCGCCGCCACGCUGGAGCAGGUGUAUUUUGGGACAUCCCACCCUCGUUCCUACAUCUCUGCUAACGUAACAGGGAUAAAGUGUGUGACGGGGAUGUCGUGUCUGAUGAGGAAGGAUGUGUUGGAUCAGGCCGGCGGAUUGGUCGCCUUUGCUCAGUACAUCGCUGAAGAUUACUUCAUGGCUAAAGCCAUCGCUGACAGAGGCUGGAAGUUCUCCAUGGCAACACAGGUGGCGCUGCAGAAUUCUGGGUCGUACUCCAUUGGCCAGUUUCAGUCCCGCAUGAUCAGGUGGACGAAGUUGAGGAUCAACAUGCUCCCCGCCACCGUGUUGGAGCCCGUCUCGGAGUGCUUCCUGGCCAGCCUCAUCAUUGGCUGGGCUGCUCAUCACGUCUUUAGGUGGGACAUGAUGGUGUUCUUCAUGUGUCACUGUCUGGCCUGGUUUAUCUCCGACUACAUCCAGCUCACCGGAGUUCAGGGCGGCCCUCUGUGCUUCUCAAAGCUGGACUUCGCGGUGGCCUGGUUCAUCAGAGAGUCGAUGGCGGUGCAGAUCUUCCUGUCAGCUCUGUGGGACCCGACCAUCAGCUGGAGGACCGGUCGGUACCGGCUGCGCUGCGGCGGCACCGCCGAAGAGAUCCUCGACGUCUAGUUACCACGGCAACUGGUUGCACCUUCAUCCUCCUCCUCCUCCUUCUCCGUGAUCGGAGGAGGAGGAGGAGACUGGAGAAAAAGACUGAUGUUUAUUUGUUUUGUUUUGUUUUUUUAUGCGAAAAAACUGAAUUGUAUGUUUGUUUGUGUGUGUUUUUAACUAUUUAUGUUCCUUUUUGGUGCUAAAACUUAAGUGAUGCCAGAACAAGCCAAUGAGAGCGCAGGAAGGAAGAAAGGAAAAAAGGAAAAAAAUAAGAAAAAAAGGGGAGGGAGUGACGCAUCGCACUGAAUCGUCCGAUCUUUGAUCAGACUAGAAGAACAGAAAAGUGGAAAAUCUGAAAAAUCCACCAAUGAGGAGAGAGAGGGGUUAAAAUUCUCUCUCCUCAUUGGUGGAUUUUUCAGUUUUCUCUUUGUCAGUUUAGACAUUAGUGUUUCAUGAAGUUUGUGAAGUUUUUUAUGGAAGCAAAUAACAGCAAAAAUGAUUUGAACGGAGUAUGUAAGCGUGAAAUGUAAUCACAACUUAAACUGAAUUUGUAAUACUGAAAUAUUUUUCUUUGAAAUCCAUCUGAGUUGUGAAGUCUGAAUUCCCCUUUGAAAUUUCAAGUAUAUACAUUUUUCAUCUCCAUAAAAUUUUCAGAAAGUUAUUUCAAGUUCAAAUAAAUAUUUUGAAUUUCAAAAACUUUAAGUUGCUAAAAUACACAAGCACUUUGUGUGUCUUGAGGUCAUUUUAGUAGAGAUCUCUGCCCACAGUAAUAAUGCACCUUUUAAAUAGUAAGUUAAAGUUAGAUAGUUUUUUUUUUUUUGAAUAUCUGAUACUUAGUCAGAUGUCUGUCUGAAUUUGUAAGCCAUAAAAACGAAACAAAAAAAAGGUCCUUUUUUUCAAACUUGAAAUAACUUGGUGAAAAUUUUGAAGAUUUGAAUUAAAACGGAUGGUUUUCACAUUAAAAUGUAAGUUCAGUUGUGGUUAAAUUCCACGUUCGGUUUCUUUAAAUUAUUGUAGCUGUAAUUGGAAGGUUUUGCAAAGAAGAAAAAAAAACAAAAACAAAAAAAAAAAAUCUGCGAAUAAUUUUGCGGCAAUCAAUUUUGGCCAAAAACCAAAACUAGGAGCUAAACCAGGCUAAAAAUCUCUAUAGCUGCGGCGUUCAAAUGAGUGUCGUCAUACAGAAGCAUUCACCAAAGAAAAACAAAUUAGAGACGCUCUCUUGUAUUUAUGUCCCUUUAUUAUAAGAAAACUACUCCCCUUGUGGUGGAGUUUGCAAGGCUUUUUUUGCGGUUCUUCAGAUAUGGGCCAGACACAAAUGAGCUCUAGAAGAGACGUAAAUUCUUUAAGUCCUGAAUUUACUUCCCGUGGCUCCAACUAUUUGGUCAAAAAGGCGAAUUUUCUCGUGAUUACAACAUCGUUGUCGAGUCAUAACUACAAAUAUAGGACCCUCAGUUUUUUUUGUUUGGUCUGUGCUUCUGUAUAAUUGAGUGUCAACAUGUGAAAUAUUGAUUUGUGCAGCGCUAAGGAUUAAAAAAAACAAACAAAUGUGAAUACAAUCAGCCAAUGAGAGUGGAUUCUGAUAAAUGAUCUCUGUUCGGCUGAUUUUGUUUUGUUUAAAAA